ACACUGAGUCCACCAAAGCGGAAACAGGCGGGAUCCAUCCAGUCAAAGAUUCCGGAACGUAAUUAUUGGUAUCUGUUUCCUACCGGAAGCCAAAAGGAGAGGAACAUUGCAGGCGGAAAACAUCUCGGGGAACAUUUUUGGCAGAGGGACAAACUAGCUGCGUUGUGCUCGUCUUUGAGUUUGUGUUUCCGGUUGUGCUCUUGCUUGAGUUUGUUUUUACACGAUGCUCCACAGAAUUCCAGCGUUUAUACGUCCUCGUCCUUUCUCGGGCCUCCCUUUGUCCUGUGGAAACAGGGAGGUCUCGGUGGCUGCGAGUGUGCUACCCGCGGCUGGGUCCGGAGCUGUCAGGACAGAAAAUACUAUCCAAAGACAUUUCUGCACUAGCAGAUCCAUCUGUAGUAAGAAAGAUGACCAGUCUGUUCCAGCCAAUGAAACUUCCCAGAAGGCAGAGGACAGCCAAGGCGAGGGAAAGGAGACUUUGAAGAAAAACCUGCUGGACGUUAUUAAGGACAUGAAAGUGGAACUGAAGACAGCAAAUGUAAAAACAACAAAGCCGCGUGGCAGACAACCUCCUGCCCAUCUGGAGACCGCAGUCGGCAGGCUUCAGAAGGCCCUGGGAGAGCCUCCAAGGAAGAGAAAUGAGUUCCUGAGUCCUGAGUUGGUGGCAGCGGCAUCUGCUGUUGCGGAUUCUCUGCCUUUCAACAAGCAGACGACCAAGUCAGAGCUGCUCAAGCAGCUGCAGCAACACGAGGAGGAGUCAAGGGCUCAGACAGACAGACAGAAGCGCAGGGUUAGCUUCACUCAAAUAAUAUCGAAUAUGAAAAUUGCCAAAUCCCCUUCGAUGAGAGUUAAUACAAGACCACAGCACCAGAUUCAGUUUGACGAAGAAGUGGACAGUUCGCUUAACGAGGAGAAGCCAACUAAUUUCAGAAGGAGGAAAUGUUUGUUCAAGGGAAAAAGACUUUCAAUUUUUGACGUUAAGGCGUUUGACGACGAAGCACCUGAACCAGAAGCAGCACCUUCUCUCUGGGAGAUAGAAUUUGCUAAGCAAUUAGCCACAGUAAGCGAACAGCCAUUUGGGAAUGGGUUUGAGGAGAUGAUACAGUGGACAAAGGAGGGGAAACUGUGGGAGUUCCCCAUUAACAAUGAAGCAGGUCUUGAUGAUGAUGGCUCAGAGUUCCAUGAGCAUAUAUUUUUGGAGAAGCACCUGGAGGAUUUCCCCAAGCAAGGACCAAUUCGCCUGUUCAUGGAGCUGGUGACCUGUGGCCUCUCGAAAAACCCAUAUCUGAGCGUUAGACAGAAGGUCGAGCAUAUAGAGUGGUUCAGAAAUUAUUUUAAUGAAAAAAGAGAUAUUCUCAAAGAAAAUAACAUUCACUUAACAUCAUGAGGAAAAAUUUUUAUUUAAACUGUUGAAAAUGUAUAUUAUAGCUAAAUAAAAAUUUUAUCAAAAUUCUGUGUUGAUUACUGUACCUGAUGUGACGCAGAUAACUGUGAAAUUACUUUUAACCUGAAAUACAUUCGUAUUAUCUACCUGA